AUGGUGAGCCCUAGGGAAGCCCUUGGGGGGCUUAUCACUGUUUUUACUGUACUAGCGGUAGGGGCCAAUGGUCAGAAGGACAACACGGUUGAAUGGACUCUCGGAAUGCCGGUGAACUUCUUUGCUACAGCCGAAGGACAACCAUGUGCCGCAAGCUUCCAAAACGCAAAAAGCGACGCCACAAACUUCACACCCGUCCAGUCUAGCCCUAGCACGGUGAUGGUAGGAGGCACCGCUGCCGACCUUGCUACUACUUUCUAUUUGACAAAUGGUAUCUUGGCUGCCAGCAAGCCAUUCACCGAUGCUACUGGGAUUCGAGUUGCCGCAGGAGGCUCCGGAGGCGGCUGCUGGGACACUUCCAGCGGCACUCUCCAGGUCUCUGCAUGCAAUCUAACCAAGACCCAGACAUUCUAUGUCGGGAUCCCCGGAGACAACCAGCCCUUUUACAUCUUUACUUCAUCUCUAGCAGUCCUCGAUAAGCCCGCCACCGCCGGCGAUGCCCUCACCUUAAACCCCGCCGCCCACACUCAGUUCUGCGCUUAUUCCAAGGACACUGGAAAGCUCGUCGUUGCUCCCGCGAACGCUACCAUGUACUACCCGCAGGCGCAGCUGACCAACCUCACAUCCCUCUCCUUUGGCCCCACUGCGCCACAGUCCGAGGGUGAUGUCCCUGAGUGCAGAUUCGCCGAUCAAGGCAACACCUCGGCGUUCAUGCUCGAGAGCAUGGGAUCGACCGACUGCAUCGUCGCACGCUCCUUUGCAACCAUUCCCGGCGUCUGCGGCUCCAACCCUUCCAAUAAAACUUGUAUCCUUCAUUUAUGGCCUGCUUUUUGUCUUGAUCUCCCCGAGGUCCGCGCUGGAGCCAAUGCGUCGGAUGCGCUCGAGGUUUGCGUGAAGAAGAUUAGCCAGGGGCCUUGCAUUGCAAACCCUUCCGGCGCUGCUUGCGCAUCCAACUUGUUUGCUGGAAUCCAGUAUGCUGGCGGGAUUGGUGGUGGAGGCGGUAGCAGUGGUAGUACCGUCUCGAAGCGUCAGACCUCCAACGACCCUCUGUUUGGGAAUCCUCAGUCUGACAGUCCCCUCGAGGAUCAAUUCUGGAUGGGUGUUAUGAAGAAUGUCAUCAACUCAGCCAUAGGGGCUUUCAAAUUCGUAGCAACCCCACAUAUUCAAGAGCUCAGGGUCACAUGUAUGGGCAUGACCCAUCUCACGCGAAUCUUUGAGGCGAGCCUUGGAGAAACAAUUCGAAAGGGAUGCAUAGACGCAUUCAGAACAUUUGACGGCAUCCACGAACUCACUUACGACAACGACAUUGAAAAAGCAGGCAGCAUUUUGGCCGACGUCGUAGGGCUUCUGAGUCUGGUCAAGGACGUCGCAACAGCAGCAAAAGCCGUUGGUGCCGUCGACGCCGUCCUGGCCAAGUUCGGCAAGACUGCCGCAACCGUCGGGAAAGGCAAGGGGCUCAUGUUGGAGGCCAAGGAGGGAGAGAACACUGUGCAGAUCUUCCGUGAUACCGGCGAUGGAAAGCCAAAGCUGCUGUACACGGACAGCGAUGUUGCCGCCAUGGAGAAAUCGAUCGAGGAGGGAGGCGAGUACUCAGCAAUGCCAACACCCCAACCAGGAUUUGAGAACUGCAAGGUCUGCAUCGAGGGCGGGGUUGCCAAGGUCCGCCGCCAAAAGGGUAUCUUCCGCAAAUUGUGCUGCUUCUUGAGCCCCCAAACCUUGGAAGCCCCCGAGUCCGUCUGGAACGACAGGGUUGACCUCGGUCCGGGUCCGUCCGGAGCCAACCUGCCAGCCAACAGCGUCAUCGCCGCUCUGUCCGAGACCGCGGCCCUCACCGCCGAUGAGAAGACGCUCAUGACCACCAUGAGCGAAGGGUUCGCCAACUGGUACACAAAGGGGCAGACCGUCUCCGCCAAUGUCGACGAGAUCAGCAGCGUGCUCCUCGAGGCCAGGAAGAACGCCCGCGACUGGGGUAAGAUCGCCAGCGCGACCUCCAAGGCGUACGGGCUCAGCGACAUGGAGAAUUGGGCUCUCGAGACGUGGAUCAAGUGGUACAACAUCAACCCUGAGCUCGACUCCGCCUUGUCCAAGUUGCCUGCCGCCACCGGCUUGGUGAUCCGUUCGACUGAUCUGAACGCUGCAACGGUCAAUAUGCUCAACAAGCUUGAGUCUGGUGUGAUUAGCAAGGGCACCCCUGGCAUCUACGAGGUACAAGACCUCGUGCUCAACGCCUUUACCCAGGGAGGAGGCGGCCGACUUCGCAAAAUCAUGUCUACGACCCUGAACCUCGGCGACGGCAUGUUCACUACCACGGCUGACUACCUCUUCGUGAUCAACUCCAAGUCCGGCCGCUACAUCGAGGCUGUUGCCAACUCGGAAUACCGCGAGACCUCCUUUGUGCAAGGGAUUUCCGGAAAGUUCAAGCUUAUCGGCAAGCAAGAGUUGAACGGAGGAGAGGCUGCCAAGGCGGCGGGUUUGUCAGGCCCCUAUGCCGUCUAUUACUUUGAUGAGAUCGAGGUGCCGGCUUCUACCGCGACGACUACUGUCGCAGACAUCAGAAAAGCCCUGACUGACGCGGGUGUUAAGCUGCCUCAAGGUCGCACCAAGCGCGGUCUCGAUGGUAUACUGCACACACUUGAGACGAAAAUUGUCGCUACUGAAAAGAAGAGGCAUAGUGUAGAAGACCACGUCCGCAACCGCGUUGUCCGUCACUGA